GUUGAUCAUAUUAUUUAAUUUGCAAAAUAAACAAAUUACUUAAUAAGAAAGAAGAUACCAAAGAAGUGUUUGAAGAAUGUCGUCCGAUCCGUCAAGCAAAGAAUCUGCUGCGGCUAAAGCUCCAAUGGUUUACAUUUGUGGAGAAUGCCACAAUGAAAAUGAAAUCCGUCCUCGCGAUCCUAUUCGAUGCCGAGAAUGCGGCUAUCGUAUUAUGUACAAGAAAAGAACCAAAAGAUUGAUUGUUUUUGAUGCAAGAUAGAAAUUGCCAACAACUUACAUGUAAGAUCUACUAAUAAUAAAGUAAUAAAAGUUGUAAUUUAAAUUUUGUAAUGACAAAUAUUGUUGAUAAUGAA